AUGCCGUCUUCUGUGUGUACCAAAGAAGCUUUCAAGGUGUUCCAAGCCAAGAACGGGUAUAUGUUCCCCUUUAACUCGGUCAAAGCUACCCGUACAUCAUUUCAUACUCGUUGGGUGUUGAUGUUUAACCGUGGUGAAAAGCCUCUCUUCUGUCCUUCUCGUCAUCAGUUGGUUCCGGCCAGCACGUUCCUUUUGGAGGACUUGCAACAUCUGAUUAUUGAAGGUCAGGCCAUUCCUCUCCCACCAGACUAUUGUGAAAUUGCUGACUGCAUGUAUUAUUGGGGACGCACGAUGGAUCAUCGUUGGUACUACGAUGUGGUCAACUUCUUUUCGUCCAUCUUAAGCCCAACUCCCCACCCAAACGGCAUCAACAAGAAAUGUCUCUUCAGGUACAUCCUCUCCUUGUAUGUUCAAACUAGAUUGGACUUCAAUUGGUUCGUUGUGCAACAGUGGCAUAACUAUUUUGAUUUACUCUACGUUCAAACCGACGACUUUUUCUUUUUGGCGACAAGCAGCACGUCGUUCGUAAGGAAUCACUUGAUGGCUGCUACCUACCCCCAGCAUUCCGCUGAGGACUCUGUGUCGGACUACAUGGAUGAAAACAUGUCAGAGGUGACUCCCGAGGUUGUUCGCUCUGCUGAGGAGUGA